GUCAAUUUGUGUGCGAUAGCCUUAAUGGUUAGGUGUACUCAGCCAAUUAUUGAAGUCUUAAAGUCAUGUAGGUUAUACUAUAUAUAUUAUAUUCUCAACAUUGUCGAUACAUUCUUCGAUCUUUAAUUUAUUUCACUCAGAAGUUAUAACAUUCGUAAGUAUAGCGGAGAUUAGUUAAAACUGUUCCGUGUAAGCGAGCAUACAUUUUCGGAAGUUAUAACUAUAGUUGUUGUUAAACCGGUUUUAAGCUGCCGUGUAAACAAAUUCAAUGGUAAUUUUAAUUAAAAAUCAACUGAACUUGGGAGAAAUUCAAUACCAAUGUUAUGUUGCCGUUUCCUGGCAACAAGUACUGUGGCGAGAUGACAUUGGUUAGUAGAGUUGUUUCUUCUCCGAGCCGAGCCUUCGGAUAAGCGCGUUCUAAGCAUUCAGUUCAAAGGUGCACGACGCGAUAACCUGUCGAUUGUCAUCAUGUAUUACCGGAGAGAAUGAUUCGUUGAUACAAAUUAGUGAGAUGAUGCUGUUAUCCAUGUGAUCAAUACGAUUGUCAAUCCGGACAUGGCAGGCAGAGCUUUCUGCGUCAAGAUACAAGUGGACGUGCACGCGGUGACGUGUCCCGGCGUCUGGCUGUGUCCCAAUGGCAAAGUGGCACUGCUGAUCAAUACUCUGAAUUCUUGCGUGGAAUCCCAACGAAUAAGCCCGAUUUUUCCACUGCUAUUCCACGACAGAUUCACCUUCAGUAAAGUGUUCACACGGAUAGCCUCCUUGACUGAUCUGCAGCGUACCCUGGAGCAAGAGUUUUUACACGCGGAACUGAUACAGUGGGUCACCAUGACAGGCCGUGGCAUCACUCUAGCUACGUUUGAAACAAAUUUGGCAGACUUACUGUAUCCAGCGCCAUGUUUCAAAGGUUUACUGGCUGGUGUGGAUAUAGAUCUACUAAUGGAGACGACAAAGUGUUUCCCGGGUAUUAUAGCACCCAAAAUCGAGGUGUCCACGAAAACGGUAGUCGAGGAAGUAUUAAGCCCCAGUGACACAAGUAUGAGCAAAUGUUAUGUCGUCAAUCCAAAAAUGAUUAACUCUAAGCAAACUACCACGUGCGAUCAGAGAAAGAGGCCGGUUAAAGGCAUCAUUAGGCAACGAAGGGUAUGCCAUACGAAGAGUAAAUUGAGAUCUCAGAGCUGCCGACCGUAUCGCCAGAGAUCGAGUAGCGUGGAUGAUUCUCAUCGAUGCCGGUGUAUCACAAGUCAUCGGACAGGAUCGCAACAAGAUCACCAAUGCUAUCAUAUAUUAAGAAAAGAUGGCGCAUAUAUGCCUGAAUCAUAUUCGCAGAAGCCAGCCGUGUGUGAUAACAGCCAUGUUAUGGACAAUUGUCCAGUUUGUUUAAAGUACAAUUGUUAUUUUUCGAAAUGCUACGACGAUUCGGUGGCAGUCAAAGGGCUCUACAUCGAUUGCCCUAAGCAAAAAUACAGUGAUACUGCGCACUAUCGUAACAGUCGAUUCGAUAACAGAGCGUGCUGUUGUGUUUGUGGAUCGAAUAGCGCAUCCGACACGCAAGAAGAACCGGCAAUGUCAAUAUUGCAUAAAAUGAAAAAUCUUCAGAAAACCAAAGGGAAAUUGUAUACCGUAGAAACGGAUGACGUUGCAGAUUACGACUCCUCUUGCGAAUUCACACGGGACCGAAUUCACUCAAGUCAGACUUUUUACAAGAAUCUAGAAAAAUUCUACAAAAGAAUGUACAAACAAGCAAAGAUACGUGCACAAGAAGUCGAAGAUUGAUAUGAUAAUUAUGUUCCAGUAGGGUCGUUCGUAUCGAUUUUUGUAUUGUUGUUAUAAAAAAAAUUUGGAAGCA